GGUUUGACGAUUAGACACAAAAGCUGUGUUCUCCCCGUUUGCACAGUUCGACAGGACGUGCCAUUUCUUUUUCUCAGUGGGCGCCUUCUAAAAACAACCAAACAGGUUGAAAAUGGUUCUGAUAUUUCAGUAUUGCUAAAGGAAAAAGCAUCCAUAAGGUUCUGAAAAUAUUUACCUGGGAAUUGCUUUCAAAUAGCUUGGUCUCUAAGUGUAAAGUUGACUUUAGCGGGAAAGCAGACAUUCUUCAAACUGAAACGACAGUGAAUACUCCAAAGUAAAAAUGUCCAGUGAAGACUGCGCCACGCAAACCAACGAUUCCUUGAGCGAAGAUCUCCGUUGUGCGGACAACAGUCAGGAUGAAGUCUCUGUUUCUCCAGUGGAAAAAGUGGCUGUCUUUUCCGUGAUAUAUGGAAUCAUAGUUUUAGUAGCCGUUGUAGGUGAGAAAACAAAUACCUUUACAAGGAUGUUCUAAUUUAUUGCGUAAGACCAGACACGAACGUAUUGAACGAGAGGCUCUGGUUCCAGAAAAAUGAUGAAGCCACAACACGGUUUUUAAUAUGGAAGUGCUUUAGGUUUGUGUUAGAUGGAAAGAAAAGCAAGGCCGAGCAAAAUCAACCAGAAGAAAAAACGCGAAUUGUCAUUCAUUUGAAGUGCUUUAAUUUGCUACAUUUCUUUGUUUCCCUUACAACGAGGUUUCUGAAUCCUCUUACAAAUUUGAACAGAUCAUUUAACUCCAUGCAGGAAUUAUUUAAUGUUCAAUAGGAACUUAUAAAUGCGACUGCUUUCAUAUCAGAUGCAAAAGUAUGGAAGGGCUUGGAAUUUCGUGAUGAAUUAGUCGCUGUGAGUUACGAAAACGAGAGGACUGUUGAAUUCGAGGGCGCUGUUUAUUUUAAAGUAAGGAAGUCGUUCACAAGGACGGUUGAAAUUUAAUUAUUUUCUCUCACUCAGCCUUGGAGAUAAAUUGAGAAUUAACUCGAUUUUGGGUAGCGUCGUAGAAAGUCUCUUCAUACAAAUAUGUGUGUAUAGGCUUAUUCCACGGUAGUUUCAACAAACCAACUCCAAGGCAACAUACUAUCCUUGCCUCGACCGGUCACCGUAAUCGUUCACGUUUUAUGAUGAUAUCUCGAAGACAUCCUACCCCGGUUUUAUUCCCAAACAUGACGAACUUGUAACUUCUCCUAAAAACAGCCUGUGCUAUAUCGCGGAUCAACCAUGUUGCAAAAAGUGCUAAUAUUGUUAAAAGAAAAAAUCAGCCAGGCGAUCUAUAUUGAUAUAACACAAAGUUAUCCUAACUGAUUUCAAAGAAACGUGUAACAGUUGGAAGGCAAAUUUACAAAGGUGUUAGGUUCGACUCCUCACGACUCAUGAAGACUCUAAAUUUUUCCUUGGUUCCACGCUCGUGACAAGACGAAAAAAAAUAUUUCCCUAGAUCCUGGGAGUUUAAGGAUAGAUCUUCUCUAUAGCACCCAAAAACUAAUGCAGUUAAGAUCACCACUGUGUUUGAAUUAAUCCAUAUCAUUUUUAACGACAACAUUUGCCCUGAACCUGCGUUUGUUGAGAGGAAUGUAUCUGAUCCUCCAAUGUAUUAUCUUAUCUUCUCUAAUCCCUUUUUGUUUAACUAAACAUUAUCUUGUCAUCCUCAGGUAAUGGAUUUGUUUGCAUCGUAAUCACCAGGAGGAAAGACAUGCGCACUUUGACCAAUCUGUUCCUCCUCAACAUGUCCAUCUCAGACUUGCUGUCAGCUUUGUUCGCCAUUCCAUCGCUGAUGUCUGACCAGAUCUCGCCUAACGAAUGGCCUCUUGGAGGAUUCAUGUGCCGAGCAGUGAGAGUGAUUUCUUCAAUAUCUGUGUCGGUGUCCGUUUACACGAUGAUGGUACUGGCAGUGGAAAGGUAAACAAAAGGGAGGGAAGGACAUUGGAUUUUAAAUUGGCCCACUUAUCUGCCCUAAGUACUUUAAUUGUGAAUCGUUUCUGAUUUCUUGUCGUAAAAACAAAAACUAAUGCAACAGGAAAAUUACAGCUACAAGAGCCUGAUGCAAAGCGCAUCAACUCCACAAAAUAUCACGUCAUAUGAUAAAUCGGCCUUACUCCUUUUUUUUGUUGUUGAUGUUUUUCCAUAGAUAUCAAGCUAUCGUGAAUCCCUUCACGGUCCGUGCCUCACGAAAAAAAGUCAGACGAACUGUGAUUUUAAUGGUUCUGACUUGGCUGGUGUCCUUUGCCAUUGCUUCUCCCCAGGCCUUUGUGGUCACGAUCCAAAACAAACGGUGCGUCGAAGACUGGACGGGCAAAGGCGGGAUAUUAGGGAACCGAAUAUACACAGUGGUGGCUUUCAUUCUUUUGUUUGUCCUCCCUAUUUUGGUGAUUGGCUCAAGUUACAUCAUGAUCAUACGAACACUAUGGCAACCGGAGCCGUCCUUAAGCGACGACGCCACGACCGCACGCAGCGUUCGUGGUUUGUCUUCAACGAAUAACCAACCAUCGUACAAUGCAAACCGUGCUUACGCAAUUCGCAGAGCAAAAAAGAAGCGCAAGACGACGUAUAUGCUUCUAACAGUGAUCGCCACGUUCUUGACAUGCAUGUUACCUUUUCAAGUAACUAUACUGCUCCAAGCGUUCAUGGAACUCCCCUUUCAGACGGUUGGCUUCAGUGUGUUCGUGAACUUCUCCUUCGUGCUCGCUCUGUGCUCCAUGGCGUGUAAUCCUUUCAUCUACAGCUUCUUCAGUGACAAGUUUCGCAAGGCUUUCGUGGAUGUGUUCAGGUGCCGAUGUGAGGAAGAUGGCCAACAAGCGCCUACUACUUCCGUCAUGUUGGUCAGCUCAACGAUGCUGCAAACGGGAUAAUUCGAACAGCUUUUGUUCUGCUCAGGAGAGUGACAAGACGGAACUAACUUCAGUGGAGAGCACUGCAUUAUUAAAUUGACAUGAAGACUUAGCUAUAUCAAGGGUAGACUGAACUUUUCAUUAGGGGAGGGGAAGGUAAGUCCUUCUCAAGGGUUUCUCUACCAUUAUGGAGCAUGUAGGAUUGUUUUAUUGAUUCUAAAUAGAUAGUGUUACUUUUCCUCAACAAAAAGGGGGAGCAUAUGGCAACGUGGGAGUCCACUUUCUUUGGCCUUAGAAAUUUGGUCAAUUCAUUAAAGAAAUUUCCUGAUGUUAAACCAAGAAAGUGGUAUCCGGGUUUCUCCACAAUGCCAGUGCCCCGCGUAACGCCCUGAUUUCCGAGUGUAUAUCAAACGUUUCUUGAUGAUUGACUUAAACUGAUUGGAAAAUUUUAAUGAAGGUUUCCGUUACUUACUGAGAAAGAUAAAACAAAACAACGCCUUGGUAAAUCUUGUUAUCCUGAGAGAUCGAAUUUGAGCCUCGCAGUUGAAUCAAGAUUUUAAGUUUCAUUCGGUAUAAGAUGCUGAUGGGAAAUGAUUUUAUAGCAUAUGACUCCCUUUGAUUCUAUGCAUGUUUUUCAAAUAUUUCUCCCAUAAGGCACUCCUCUCCAUAAUUCGUUUUUAGCCUCUACUCUUUUCUAUUUAUCUCAUCAAGACGCGUCUUACUCUGAUUAGCUCAGGCUAAAAGGUUCGUUGUGAUGUACCAUAGUGUUUUACGUUUAAUAAAAUGUACAUUAUGUGAAGCGCGGGGGAAACAAUUUGAGCAAGAAGCGAGUUUAGGUGGCGCGCGGGCUGAGCACUUGAGUGGGU